AUGCUUCCUUAUCUACGAAAACGCCAUGCUAUACAUUCUGAUGCAGGAUCCGUCAUGAUCAUUCCUCGUGAGCGCAUCAGUACUGGCCAGUACUUGGCUCGACUUUAUGUGCAGAUCAAGACGAAAUUCCUGCAAAAAAGCUCCGAUCCGGGUAAUCCAGUAGUACGGGAAAAUACUCGCAACAGGCGAGCCGCAAUCACUUGA